AUAUCGUUAUCGUUAAAAGAAAAAGAAUGAGCAGCAUGGUAGCUUUUAUCACUCAUGACCUGUUCUUCCUUCUUCUUGUACUCUAUAUCUGCAUCCACCGGCUUGUCCUACCCAAAUUCACCCGCAUAUUGUCAAACAACUUCCCUUUAACAGUGGCCAACCUGAACUCCGGUACUCGAAAUUUCUUGUUUCGUAUCCCACAAUUUCUAAAUCUGUAUAGUCAUGAUGAUGUUCAAGAAAACUGUGACAGGCUCGGGAUCGGCCUGAUCAAGCGAUACGAACACAAGCACGGGUGUGAAAAGGAAACGGCUAACAACGAAUGUGCGAUAUGUUUGUGCGAAAUCGAAGAAGGGGACGAGAUUAGAGAGUUGAGGUGUGACCACGUCUUUCAUAUGGUAUGCUUAGACAGAUGGGUCGUUGGUUACAGGCAUGAAACAUGCCCGAUGUGCCGCGGCCGUCUAGCUCCGCCCCGGAAGUGGGCUACCGGGCUAAUUGGAGAGGAAGAAGUCUUGGUUUUCAACUUGUUUCCGUGCCGUACAAAUCGUCGCCGGAGCACAUGGUGGCUGAUUGACUAGCCGUUAGUAGCUAGAAGCCUAGAAUGAGAUAAAGUCCAAUUUUCACCUAACCCAACAAAGUGGGAUCUAAAUGAGUAUCUCGGAUUAAUAUCUUGUAUCCUAAGUAAUGUAAAUGAUCUCUUAUAUCGAUUGAAAAGAAAAAAAAGUGGGCUGUGAACAAUUGUUAUUGUGGAAAUUUUAUAGUCAACUCAAAAUCAGUUGGUGAUAA